AUGGAUACUUGUGAGGCCACGCACCGCCUGGUGCUUGGGUGCGCGACUGCCAUCAAGGUCGAGUCGCUCAAAAUGAACAGGACGUCCAUCAUGGACUCCAACAAGUUCUUGUCACCGCUCACCUCCAUGUGUCGCAUCAACGCAGCCGUUGUGUCGCGCCUGGGUGCUGUAGCCGACACCACUGCAAUCUGCCUUGAGAUCAACAGCUACAAUGAUUCCAUGACUCGCCUGGUGCCGUACCAGGCCACGACGACUGGCCUGCCCAUGGAUGCCUCACAGGUGCACAUCAUGUACCUGCACACAUCGCUUUUCAAGGACGUGCUGGCCAAGAGCAUGGCCCUGGCAAUCUCUGAGUGCACGGCACUCGAGAAGGCCAAGUCAACGCCAUCUGCCUGUGGAGCCUAUGUUCCAAAGAGCGGCACCGCUUGCGAGUUUCUGGCCCUCCGGUAUUGCAGCUCUGGCAUGGCGGUCGCGUCCCUGAUGAACGGCGAGGUCCACCGCGGCUUUGCCAGUGAGCAUCUAACGGGCACCGCAACACUCAAGCACUUCGAUGCUGCCCUUGGCAAGCUGCGCCGGGGCAACUACCCUAGCCUGGUCGCGCCGGUGCUGGCUCUGCUGGAGACAUUCUACUACUGCGUCAAGGGUACUCGGGCUUGCCUGUGCGCAUCCUACCGAGAGUUUAUCAUCACUGAGAUCUGGGACUAUCUGCAGACUCUGCUGGAGUACAGCAGUCACUUUGACGACGAUAUCUUUGGCGGGGCCCAGUCGGGAGAGGAGAGUGCGGUUGACGCAGCGCGCAAGCUGGCCCUGCCACUGUACGCCGCCUACGAGGACGGGCUGCGGACAUGUCACUGCGCCAGACCGGGGUGCGGGAGCUGGUCCAGUCUGCGCGCCUGUGUGAUAGAGACUCGGUGUUUUUCUCCCUCGAGGCAUUCAGGGCGCAUAUUAAGCUGCUGCUGGGACCUGAGGCUGCCCCCACGACCCGUGUUGUCAAGGCCAGGGACAGGGCCGACAUGUUCCAGCAGCUGGCAUCGGAGAUUGAGGUGCUGA